GUGAGAAAGUCAGAAAGAAUGCACCACAGUGGCUAUUUUUGUCCAUGUACUAAGCUGACUUAAUAGAUACAUGUCAAACCACAUCACUUGUGCAUAUUCAGACAUGCACAUUAGUUUUAUUUUUUAUUAUCAUUAAGCCUACACUUACAAUGCUUUAGUUUCCUACCAUUAACAAACAAUAUCAUUCCUAUCUAAUCUCAUAAUCAGCUACGCUUUAAAGCUGAUAUGGUGAAAUAUCUUGAGGGAAGUUAGAGGUGCUGCACACUCUAGUUGUGCAGAAGUAACUGUUGCAGCAGGAAACUAUGGCUAUAUUUCAAAACCAAGUGAGAUUUCUUUCCAGACAGCAGAUUUUCUUGCACUGUGACUGAAAAAAAAAAGCAUAAACACAAAAAUGCCAGUUUCACUCAUGAUGUCUAAAAAUGCUGCACGCGACUGAGACACUGCACACGCAUGCCUGGUGCCGCCUUUUUAGAUUGUUCACUAGGUUUUGACACACAGCUAGUGUACUCUGAAAUGAUGUGUGGUUCAACAUGACAGGCUCAAUGACUCUUAUGCUUUCCUCACCACAAACCAAUUCCGUGUUUUUUUGUGUUUGUGCGUUGGCUGGUGUCAAUGCUGCUUCACACAGCGCGUCUUCCUCAUUAAAACACCGGACAUAUGAGCACAAGGAACUCAAUAAAUGUGACCUCCGUCACUCAGUAACAAUAUAACUUCCCUUAAAGGACUUAUAAAAAGGAGACGUGCUUGUAAUGGUCUGAAUGGUGACGUUGUGAAAAACGGCUGGACGUCGCUACCAAACUUUGAGGAAGCUUCAUUAAUCUGUCAGCAGUUAAUCUUUUUUUUUUUUAUUUAAUCGGCUAUGGAUCCAACUGAAAACCCAGGGAACCGCAUUGGUCGCACUAUUUGGACUGUUUGGGGUUAUCUGUCAGGGGCUGUUGCAAGAUUUCUCAGACCGGAAGUCACAGAUGAAGGAAACCAAGGUGUUCGUACCAGAACAGAUGAUAUUGACUUGAAAAGUGCAGUUAACAAGAUUGACAGAGAAGUAACGGCAAAAAAUAGCAACAAUGAAGGGAAGGAAACAAAUCAAAUUGACAGUGCAGAGGUCAAGUGUUCCCCAUCUAAAGUCAGAGUGCAAGUGGCUUCUGUACAGUGGGAAAACACUGAUGUGGUCAAGGAUGACAAUAAUGAUGAACUUCAUGUUCACACCACAAAAAAACAAACUUACCAUUGUGCAGUGUGGUCCCCUGGGACUGAUACAGACAACGAAGGAUGCAUGGUUGACGCACUUGUUGAGAAAGAAGCAGUCUCAUCUGAUGAGGUUCAGGCUGAAAAUAUAUAUGCGAACAAUGAGUUUAAGGAGAGUGAAACUGCACACGAGUUGGAAGAAACUGGAAAGAUUGAACAAAAAUAUGGUGACAAUGAAGAUAUAGAAGAACGUGAUCAGAAUCAUAAGGGUGAAAAGUGUGCAAAGAAUAGAAAAGAUGCAUAUGAGACAGACGUAAUGGUCCAAUUUGAUCAAGAUGUAGAACAGGAAAAGCAGAUAAACAUGGCGGACCAUGGAGAGACAGAAGGCAUUGCAGGUUUUAAACAUGCAGAUACACAUCUUAUUGAUGAACAAAUUGUUGACCAGAAGGAUCGAGGGGGAAUUGCUUACGUCUCUAAAAACGAGGUUGAGGAGAUGAUGCCUGAAACUAGAGGUGCGACUGAGCAGGAUAAGGAGAAGAAAACUGUACAGGACUUGGAAGAAAUUUGGCAGCUUGAACGAAACGAUGGUGACAAUGAAGAUAAAGAAGAAUGUGAUCAGAAUCAUGAGGAAGAAAAGUGUGCAGUGGAGAGUGAAGAUCUGGAUAAUGCAGACGUAAAGGUCCAAUCUGAGCUUUAUGGACAAGAUGUAGAACAUGAAAUGAAGAUAAGCAUGAUGGACCAUGCAGAGAAAGAAGGUAUUGGAGGUUUUAAACAUUCAGAUGAACAUCCAAUUGAUGAAAAGGAGAACAAUUUAGACCAGAAGGAUCAGGAGAAAACUGAGAAUGAUGAAGAACAAGGACUUGAAUCACAAGUUCAAGAUCUGCAGAAGAGUGAAGAUCCAGAUAAUGCAAAUGUAAUGGUCCAAUGUGAGCAAGAUGUAGAACAAGAAAAGAAGAUAAAUAUAGUGGACCAUGGAGAGACAGAAAGAAUUGCAGGUUUUAAACAUGCAGAUGAACACCUUAUUGAAGAAAAGGAGAACAAUUUAAACCAGACGGAUCAGGAGAAAACUGAGAAUGAUGAAGAAAAAGGACUUGAAUCACAAGUUCAAGAUUUGCAGAAGAGUAAAGAUCCAGAUAACGCAGACAUAUUGGUCCAAUGUGAGCUUUAUGGACAAGAUGUAGAACAAGACAAACUGAUAAGAAUGAUGGAUCAUGCAGAGAAAGAAGGAAUUGGAGGUUUUAAACAUUCAGAUGAACAUCUUAUUGAUGAAAUAGAGGAACAAAUUGUUGACCAGAAGGAUCAGGGGAGAACUGAGAAUGAUGAAGACCAAGGAACUGAAUCACAAGUGCAAGAUUUGCUGCCACAGCUGGAAUAUUUAAAAAAAUAUUCUGAUGAAAUUGCUUGCAUAUCUAAAAACGAGGUUGAGGAGAUGAUGCCUGAAACUAGAUGUGCGACUGAGCAGGGUAAGGAGAAGGAAACUGCACAGGACUUGGAAUAA